AUGCCGCAUUCCGAUCCCGAAGGGCCGCUGGCAAAGCGCCAGAAAGUCUCAACCUUGGCCAAUGCCGCCCAGCCGAGCAAUUCCUCGCGAAUUUUUGCUCCGUUCCGAACUGUCGGCCUUGUCGCUCCGUCGAGUAUACCUUUUACGUCUUUUCCGCUAGGAAAGACUACCUUCCAGAUCACAACAUCGGUCGGCCGAUCUCUGCAAACCUAUGAUCUGCUCCGCGGUCUCAACCUAGUCUUCGUCACCCGGCCUCAAACGCCCGCCGAUAUCACCGCCACGUUCGCCUAUGGAAAGAAGGUCUUUGCAGCAUGGGGAGGGUCUCAGGAUGGCGAGACUCAGGGCCUCUGGGUAUUCCAGAGAGGAAGAAAGGUCGAUGAGGUUGCCCUCCCAAGCGACCUGAAGGAGCCGAUCCAGCAGAUCAUGAUAUUCGGCACCUGGUUCAUUGCUUGCGCAAAGACGAGAAUUGAGGUCUACAAAACAGCAACGCUCGAGCAUUACACGACUAUUCACACCAUGGCCGCCGCCAAGGGUGGCCAUGAAAUCACCGGCGGCGUCGUCACCAUGCCGACAUAUCUCAACAAGAUCUUUGUUGGUCGCAAAGAUGGCUGGGUUGAGAUCUGGAACGUCAGCACUGCCAAACUCAUCUACACCAUUCUACCUCCUUCCCCAGAUUCUGGCGCUGUGACUUGCCUUGAGCCAACUCCGGCGCUCUCCCUGCUGGCAAUCGCAUAUUCGAGCGGCACCCUCGUUAUUACCAAUGUUCUUACCGAUAAGCGCGCUCUUCAAGUCGAGGCCGGAAACCCUGACGCCCCGGUUACCUCGAUCUCGUUCCGAACAGAUGGUUUGGGAGCUGGACACGACGGUAGAAAAGACGGUGUCAUGGCCACAGCCACUCCGUCAUCCGGCGACAUCACCUUUUGGGACCUCAACCGUGGAGGUCGUGUCAUGGGAGUCUUACGCAGUGCCCACAAUCCACCCUCAGGCGAAGGCGAUGCUGUCCGUGGCGGUAUCAGCAAGGUAGAGUUCCUGUCAGGGCAGGCAGUGAUUGUAUCCAGUGGCCGAGACAACUCACUCAAGUCCUGGAUCUUUGAUGAGACACCUUUCUCCCCCAUCCCGAAGAUCCUGCACUCGCGCAGUGGACAUUCUGGACCAGUCAACUGCCUGCAAUUCUUGCCUUCCGACUUUGACGGUGCGGAAGCUGGAAACAAGUGGAUCAUCAGCGGUGGUAAGGACCGAAGCCUGUGGGGAUGGAGCAUGCGUCGCGAUGGACAGAGCACCGAGCUCAGCCAGGGUAACAUACGCAAGAAGGCGAAGAAGAUUGGUAUCCUGGCUGCCAAUGCUCUGGCCCAUGGCCCAACAACUACGCUAGAAGACCUCAAAGCCCCCGAAAUCACGUGUAUUGCUGCCUCGCUCAACCGCGACGGUGGCAUGGGCGCUCUGCCUGGCAAGCAGGAGAUUUGGCAGAAGAGCCGGGAUCCCAAGAAGAAGUUGGACGCCGAGAUUAGCGGAAUGACGGGCUGGGAAAGCGUAGUCACCGCUCACAAGGGCGAUGCCUUCGCCCGUACCUGGUUCUGGGGCCGAAAGAGGGCAGGUCGCUGGGCAUUUCCGACUGGCGAUGGCACCGACGUCACAACCGUGGCCAUUAGCCCUUGCGGGACGUUUGCGCUGGUUGGCUCAGGGGCUGGCGGCAUCGACAUGUACAAUCUCCAGUCAGGUGUACACCGCCAACGGUUUCCCUCCAAGUUGACGCCGGCACAAGCUCGUCAGCUCAAGAUGCAGCAGCUCCGUCAGGCGGAUGAUGUUGUUCAGCUGCAGAGCGAAGGCAACCGAAAGUAUCCCGCCGGCGUGGGCAAGCAUACCAAGGCUGUUACCGGCCUGGUGGUCGACGCCAUGAACAAGACGGUGGUGUCCUGUUCGCUGGACGGAAAGAUUAAGUUUUGGGAUUUCUUGACGGGAACCCUUCUGGAGCAGCUGGACUGGGCGCCAAUGACACUCCCGACCGGUUGCCGAUACCAUCCCGCCAACAAUCUCCUGGCCUUUUCUUGCGAUGACUUGUCCAUUCGCGUUGUUGACCUGGAGACGAAGAAGACUAUUCGAGAGUUCUGGGGCCCUAAAGAUGUCAUCAACGACUUUUGCUUCUCCAACGACGGCCGAUGGAUCAUUGCCGCCUCUGGCGAUUCGGUCAUCAGAGUUUGGGAUCUGCCCACCAGCCAUCUCAUCGACGCUAUCCGACUGGAGAAGCCGUGCAAAGCUAUCGCCAUGUCGUACACGGGCGAGUAUCUCGCUGCUGCUCUCGAGGACAGCCCUGGCGUUACAAUCUGGACGAACAAGACGCUGUACAAGCAUGUCCCGACUCGCCAGAUAUCCGAAGCGGAGAUCAGCUUGGUGGCUGCCCCCACAACAGCUGGUGAGGGCAACCAGGGCUUGCUGGAGGCUGCGUUCGAGGAUGACAAGGCAGAAGAAGAGGACUCGGGUAUCGUUGCGCCUACCGUCGAUCAGAUCAGCGCCGAUCUCAUGACUCUGAGUUUGGUGCCCAAGAGUAGGUGGCAGACACUGCUUCAUCUGGAUCUGAUCAAGGAGCGCAACAAGCCGACAGAGGCGCCAAAGCUUCCCGAAAAAGCGCCCUUCUUCUUGCCCUCGACCUCGGGCACUCAAGUGCCCGGGCUCAAGGACGGCUCAGAGGAAGCAGAGAACAGCAGCAAGUCUCGCAUCUCGAAGUUUGACAAGGCUCGCUUCGAGGAGACAUUUACGUCGAAGCUGCGUGCUGGCGCGGCGAAUGGCAACUACGACGACUUCAUCGAGCACCUCAAGUCUCUGUCUCCCUCAAGCGCCGAUCUCGAACUUCGUUCCCUUUCUCUGGGCGAAGACGACGACUCCAACGAGCUACUCCACUUUAUCCGAGCCCUGACAACACGGCUACGAGCGCGCAAGGACUACGAGCUCACCCAGGCGUGGAUGACCGUGUUCCUGCGGCUGCACUUUGAUAUGGUGAUGGAGAGCAAGACGCUGCUGAAGGCUCUUGAGGAGUGGAAGACGGAUCAGGAGAAGGAAUGCAACAGGCUGGAUGAUUUGGUUGGAUAUUGCAGUGGCGUGGUGAGCUUUUUGAGAAGCCCGAGGACGUAA